CAGAGCAGUGCUUGUGUUUGUUGGGUGGUAAUAGACAGCUAAAUACAAGCACUGGCCCACGUUCAGUGUUACGGUUCUUCAUUCUUACGUUCGAAAUGACUUUAGCAAAACCGAGAGGCGAACUCAGGCAAGUUCGGAAAAAAGAAGAUGCCAAGAAUAAACCCAAAGCUACAUCACCUAAACCUGAUAACAAGGAGGAGCAAACAAAAGACAAACCACCGAAAUAUGGUCCUAUGCCAAAGUUUCCAAAGCAAAGACUUUGGGCAAGAGGCAUACUGAUGGUUGGAGUCAUGGCGGUAGUAUAUUUUACAUCGAAGAACUCUCGUGAAAUAUGCAUAGCAAAACAAAAGGAUGUUUUGCAACACCAAGCACAAGACAUUGCCUGUUCAAAUGAAAUAAAAGCAGAGCUCAUGAAAUAUCCAGGAUGUGCACCUGCCCGUUGUGGACGGUUGGUAUCUGAUAAGUUAGUUUCAGCAACAGAGGCAGAGAUGCUGCUCAGUCUUGCUCAACGAGGUAUUGGACUUGGUGGCUCCGAUGGAGGAGCUUCAAUUUUGGACCUCCACUCAGGAGCGCUGUCACAUGGAAGAACUUUCACCAACAUAUAUAUGUUGGAAAAGGCAAAGAAUUUAUUCAAGAAACCUGACUUUGCAAUAUACAAAAUUGUGAAAUUAAAGAUCCAGCAAGCUGUUGCAUAUCAUUUCGGUUUGGACUACACUGCAAUCCAUUUAACACAUCCCACAUUCUUUUCUCGCCUGACUGAUGCUCCUCCGAAGACUGUACAUGAUGAAUAUUGGCACCCACAUGUGGAUAAGGAAACAUAUGAGUCCUUCCACUACACUUCCUUGUUAUACUUAUCAGACUAUGGAAAAGACUUUACUGGGGGACGAUUUGUGUUUGUAGAUAAGGAAUUCAACAAGACUGUAGAACCCAGGAAAGGUCGAGUAUUGAUGUUCACAUCUGGCUCGGAGAAUGUGCAUUAUGUGGAGCCCGUUACCAGUGGCACACGUUUUGCUAUCACAGUCUCAUUCACCUGUGAUAAAAAAUUUGCUAUCUCAGAUCCAAAUAUGAAUAAUUUCAGCAGAAGGAGAUAGGAGUGAUAUCAUUUUACUUGACCAAUGUAUUCUUAUUGUACCUACAGGAAAAUCUAUAUACUUAAGAUUUUUCUGUCUAAUAGUAUUAAAGUUGUGCUGUGAAGUUCACUAAAUGAUUAUUCUGUACAUUAUUUUUGUAAAGCUGAGUUUAUUCUUUAUUCCAGUAAUGAGACUGUUCAACACACAAAUGCUGUGAUAAUAUUAUUUAUGUGUUAUUUUCAGUUAAUUAAUAAUUAAUUUUGGGUUUUGAAUUGUGUAAAUUCAUUAUUAUUGCCCAUUAUUACUAUUAAAUAGCUUUCUGAUUACAAACUAAGUGACCACAUCUUGAAAUUGUUACUACAUCUUGCAUUCUGGACUUGUGUGGUGCCUCAAUAACCAUUGCAUUACCUGUAUGACAGAAUCAAAAUAUUGUGAAGUACUUUUUUACUUUUCAUGAUUAUUGCUCUUAGCAGCAUAGUGGUAUCUCACCCUGCCCCAUUUCCUUAUAGUGGCCAGUUUUUGGAUUUAGUUAAUAAAAGAGCCAUAUAAGCUCCAAAUUCCUGUAUGUUUUUUUAUUCUUUACUGUGGCUGUAAUCUAUGCCAUUCUGAAUUAUAAUAAUGCAUAAUAUUUCUUUGAUACAUUGUUUUGUAAAGUGUCUUCACAUAGUUAAGAAAGUUUGUACCUGACACUCAUGCUGUAUGAACAAAUACAGAAACUAAGCACUAAUAUAUACUGUUUCACUUACUGACAUUUGUGUUGAACAUUCUGACAUUUUUCUCCCUGAACCCUUAUGAAUCAUAGUUUUUGACUUUAUCCCAGGUUUGCAGAUUCAUUGAAAAAAAUUGGCUAGAGUUGGGAAAGGUGUAAAUCUGGAGUUGAGACUAUGGGGACAAGGAAUAUGUAGAGUGUCAUCUGAGAUGGAAAAUGACACAUUAUGUGUGUGGAUUGCAGAGGGAUCAGUUGGUUCACCGCUGUUUGUGAGGUGGGCUGAUGAGGACAUUCUAGAUAGCUGCCAUUUUCUUUCUUCUUCUAAAAAUAAUAACUGAAAUAAAGAAUUUAUUAGA